AUGGCAGCGCCAAUGGACCAGAGAAUAGCAGUGCCGGUGGACGAUCCAAAUGCUGAUACAGAAUGGAACGAGAUCCUCCGCAAGCAUGGCGUCAUCCCCGAGAAGCCGCCAAGCCCGACCCCCAUGAUCGAGGAGGCCAUUCUCGAGGGCCGGCGCCUCGCACACGAGAACCGCCUCGAGGGCAAAGACCUGGACGAGCUCGACGAGUUUGAGGACCUGGAAGACGAGGAGUUCCUCAAUGCGUACCGCCAGCAGCGCAUGCAGGAGCUGCACGCCCUCCAGAAAACGGCUGUCCACGGCAGCGUCUACCCAAUCUCCAAGCCCGAGUACAACCGCGAAGUGACGGAGGCGUCGAAGCAGGACGGCCGCGCCGGCACAGGACAAGGAUCGCCCGUGUUUGUGAACCUCAUGUCGUCGACGGGCACCAACGUCGAGUCGCGCGUGCUCUCUGAGCUGUUCCGCCAGGCCGCGACCGAGUACGGCGAGGUUAAAUUCUGCGAGAUGCGGGCCGACCAGGCCAUCGAGGGCUAUCCGGAGCGCAACUGUCCGACCAUUCUCGUGUACCGCAACGGCGACAUUGCCAAGCAGAUUGUGACCCUGGCCAUGGUGGGCGGCGUCAAGAUGAGCAUGCUGGACAUCGAUGCACUUCUGGUCGAGGUGGGCGCGGUUGCGGACAAUGACAUGCGCGUGCUGAAGCGGCGGCGAGAAGCUGAAGAUGCCGCGGAGGAGCGCAUCAUGGCCGGCGCCAACAAGUCGAUCAAGACGAGCCGAGACCAUCGGAGAAACGACGACGACGACGAUGACGACUGGGACUGA